CUCAGCCUAAAACCAGAGUUGCUGGUGAGAUCUCUCCUGCGUCUACCGAGAGUUCUACAUUGCGAAGAAACGACCAUUUUAAUCAGCAUGAAGCUGGUCACGAUUGUCCCGGUGGUGGUGGUUCUGUUUUGCCUAAUGGCCGCAGCCAGUGACGAGAAUGAAGCGGCAACGCGCAGAUGGAGCCUUUUACCCAAACGACCGUCCACCCCGAAGUGGAACCUGUCAGCAAAGCCCUGCGCGUGUCCCCGCACCUACAAGCCGCUCUGUGCCAGCAAUGGCCAAACCUACAACAAUCACUGCGCGUUCAAGUGCGCCAAACAGCUUAACGCCACGCUGUCGGUGAAAGCGCAGGCGCGCUGCGACGAACCGGACGUACGUGACAUAUUGGUUUGAGUACAAUAGUGUGCACAGCACAGAAUACAAUGGAUCGAAAUAAAUGAUUAACAGAA